AUGGCGGCGAAGGAAAGAUGUGCUGGCGGGUGCUGUACACCUGCGGACUUUGCGGCGCGGUUGGAGGGCACCGAGGUUGAUAUCGGGCUGCUGUACUCGGCGAGCCACGGGCUGAUUGUGAACACGACCGAACAUGUGCUGUACGCGAUGGAGAACGGGCCAAGGUAUUCCAACUUUUACUUUGAUGUGAAGCACGGAACGUGCACCGCCGAGCACAAUGUGGCCACCUCGCGUAGCUUUGUGAGCCUCUGUUUCGACGCGUCCAACCCGGACUGGAGGAUCGCCGACAAGCAUCCGCAGCCACAGGGCUCGCUCGUUUGGGAGUAUGUGCCACAGAGCUCGCUCUGGCAUGUACUCGCAUCGCCGCCAUGUGCGCCGGUGACGGUCACGGGAUCGCUGGCCUCACUCAAGCUGCCGGGCCAGCUCCAGGUGGCGGACAUGCAUGUCGUAGCGUACGACCCGGCAGCGUUUGCUCUGCCGACAGAAUGCGGCGGCAAGUAAAGAGAGAAAGAUAGAGA